AUGAGUACAGGUUCUGUAUCUAGCAAUAAUUCUGCAUCCAUCGAACAGACAGAGCUGGGGUGGAAGGAAGGACACAUUCUGAAAGGUCUGAAGCGUCUCCAGACAAGCUCAAAAGAGGCAUCCUCCAUUGCACCUGUACCACACUGCAAAGACUGUAUGACCUUUAAUGAGGGCAUAUACUCACUUGGUGUGAAGUGUGGCCAACAAGGAAGCACAGCCAAACAGGUAGCCUCAACAAGUACGCCUGUCAAGUCCGGUAUUGCUGCCCUUGACUCUGAUUAUACAGAGGAAGAUUCACCUAAAUUACAAAGAACUGAAUCCAGUGACCAACCAACAAAUGAACCUCUUGGUUCGGAGAAGAAGUUUGAGAAGUUUGAUAUCCCAAGAGAUGACGACAACAAUUAUCAAGAAGAUCCUGUGAAACUUGCAAGGGAUUCUGGUCUUUUCCCCUCACCUGUCGCUGACAACAUCUUAUUUCUGGAAGGCCCCACAGUCCAACCUGGUGUUAGCCCAACAGAGAGCCUUACAAAUUUGGAGCAAAGAAAGGACUCACUUGAAAAAAACAAGCCUUCUGGGAUGAAGCUAAGUGACAAAAACAAUAACCAGGAAAGGUCUACUGACCGUAAAUCCAGACUUGAUCAUGUCAAAAGACAAGAGGGCAAAUUUGCAGCCAAGCAGGACGAAGCAGGAACAAGUGAUGUGAGUGCUUCUAUUCAGAACUCUGCAACAAGAGCUCUAAUUUGUGUGAGUGCAGCCAGACAGCGCAGCUCCUCCAUGGAGGUUCCUCACUGCAGGGAUCAGGCCAUUCAAGCUGGAGGUGGAAGCCACAACCACACUAUCUCAGAAUCUCCUCAAAGGAAAGCCAAACCUCAGCUUUGUGACUCAGCGAGGAAAGCUUUCAUUCUGCGGAGCAAGAGUGCGGAUGCAGGACAAGAACAACCUAAGCAUACACAUUCUCCUCUGCACCAAAAGCUUAUCAAGGGCCACAGGCCCAAAGGACAGUCAACCCCUCCUGUGCAUAGUGUCUCCAACAAAAGGACCACUCUUACUAAAACCCAUGGAACAAGCAAGGGAGCUUUACCUCAAGUGGAGAAAGAUGAGGACUCUGCUGUAUCAACAAGUUCCAAGUCUCUCAAGAGUGUGCAACAGUGUUCUCCUCUUGCUUCCCCUGUGAAAAAUUCAAAGACAUUUAAACCUCAAGGGAUCAAUGAAUGCUCAAAGAGCCCAACAAAACUACCUUUGCAAAUGACAAGACCUCAAUCGAUCAAUGACUCUGUGGAAGAAGGCAUUUAUGAUAACCUGCCCUGCUCUCCACGAAAACAACGCCGCCAAGACCAGCACUGUGAUGCUUCCCAUCCAGAACUUAGGUCCCCAUCUCCUCCACCACCACCCCCUGGUCGGACUUCUUCUCUGGUUCUUAGACCUGGUUGUGACAGCUCACCCAAAGCACAGAUAUCUGCAGGUCAGGCUCGGAGUUCUACUACUGGGAAGACAUCAUCGAGCACCACCAAGCCACAAUCGAAUCAGCUUUCUGCUGCUUCACAACCUCAACAUUUUAACACAACAAAAGACAAUCUAUAUUCAGCCCCAGGAAUGAGUGCAGAAGGUAUAAAAGAAAUCCCCACCAAGCAGUACCAUACCAACUCAUCCAAGAUACCAACCGUCCCAGUUCAAGAGUCACAAGCUCCAGAGUCAAUCCAGUCAUCUAUGGAAAGAUGUGUGACUUGUCACUAUGAAAAUGGCCCUCCUGUUAUGUUGCCAAGUCAGAACAUUUUACAAAGAUCCCAACAGAGCAUCAGUGAGCCAAAACUUUCAGAAGUCUUGCCUCAGGCGUAUUCUAAUGUUUACUACCAUGGGAUUGCAAAUAAUCCUCAAAGUUCCACCUCAAGAGCUGUAAAAAUGGCUCAUCCAGUAAAUGCAAAAUCUCAUGAAGCUAUCUCUGGGCAAGACACCAACACGUUCUUACUUUUUGGAAGGCAGAACAAAGAUAAUACAAACCCCACUCCAAAAAAUGUCCAGAACUUUCAGACGUUUACAUGUGAUCCCCAGAUGAUGCAUGAGUGUGGAGCCCAUGACAAAGCCCGCAGAAAGAUUGAGACCCGUUGUAACUCACUGGAUUCUGAGCCCCCAGUUCAACCCUUCCCAUCAGACAGUGGUGUGAUGCUGGAUUGGGGAUUUGAUGAAGAGGGAUGGCUGUUUAAACGAUCUGUGUCUGUGUCGACCAGGCCUCCACUUAAGCCAGUGAUGGGCAUGAAUGGAGCUAAGGCUCGUAGUCAGAGCUUUGGUGCUCGCUACAUGGACAGACCAAGCUUCAACAGAUCUGGAAAGGUCCGUACCCAGAUCAAAACACACUCAGGGAGCUCCUUGAACUCUCUUAGCGAUGUCCUACCAGGAAGUAUGAGCUGCUCCAGUAGCUACCAUUGCCCAAUGAAUCGAUCCCUUCUAAACAACUUCUUGAUUGAAGAGGGUCUUGCGGUUCCCCCACAUUUGGGGUCCUCUAGUGAAAGACUUCAAAGUCUUAAACUCCAACGAGAACAAGCUAGGCGUCUUCAGAUCGAGCAACAGUUUUCAAGCGCCUUCGGUGAGCCUGUCUCUGAAGAACCAGAGAGACAAAGUACCAUAACCACGAUCGAAGAGAAAGUGAUGCUGGGCAUAGAGGAGAACUUGCACAAGACUCAGGAACAGGAGAGGACCAUUGAAGUGAAGCAAAAAUCUGGGUCAACUUUAGCAAAUUGGUUUGGUUUUCGUAAGAGUAAGCUUCCAGCUCCAAGCAGCAAAAAGACUGAUCCACCGAAAGUGAAGGAGGAGAAGAGGGAGCAGAAGAUUACAUCACUUCUUGGAGGAAAGCAGACAAAGUCAGACAAAAAGAAAGACAGAAGAAAAAGUGACGGGAAAGACAGGUAA